AUGUCUCGUGGUGGUACAACACUCUAUGUCACCGGCUUCGGAGCUGGAAUCCGUGCUCGCGAUCUUGCCUACGAAUUCGAACGCUAUGGCCGUUUGGUCCGCUGUGAUAUCCCAGCUCCUCGAACUGCAGCAUCUCGUCUGUUUGCCUUCGUUGAGUAUGAGUCCCGUCGUGAUGCCGAUGAUGCCUACCAUGAAAUGCACAACAAGCGUAUUGGUCGCGACGACUUGUUGAAGAUUGAAUGGGCCCGCACACCUCCUUCGGCUUCUUGGCGAUUCGAUACUGGUGAAGAACGUGCAGCCCGUCGUGAUGGAGGUAGAGACAGCGGCAGAGAGCGUGGUGGAGGUAGCCGCCGUUCUCCUCGUCGUCGUUCAACCUCUCCCCGACGUGGCCGUGGCGAUUAUUCUCCCCGUAAGGAUGACCGAGACCGCCGGGACCGGGACUACGACAGAAGAGAUCGCGAUCGAGCCGAUCGCUCACGUAGCCCAGACGAUAGGGAUCGCGAAGUUAAGGAAGAACGUGAUGAUGUCCGUGAACCCGGAGCCAAUGGAGAUGACAGGAAAGUUACCAUGGAUUCUCCUCCACCAGCGCAUGAUGAACUGGACACCGCCGAGUAAAUAGGUCCUUCCUAGGUUGAGGCUUCUACACGGCAGGAAAAAGUUUAUUGUGUCUUUUGGCUGCUGAUAUUUCCUUCUUUGCCUGAAUUUACCAUUGUGUUUCUAGAUUCGAUUCCCCGAGACCUUUACGACUCGAGCCAGGAUUUGGACUGGCAACAUAACCUCGACUUCCUUUUAGGUCAG